AAAGCAUUUUGAGUUAGCAACUGUUUACAUCGACGCUGUCAAAAUGGCGACGCCCAUUGAUGUGGUCAUGGACCUAGAGCUAGUAGACAAUCUACAAUCAUUUUGCAUUGAAUGUGAAAAUAAACUUGUGGAUUUUUGUAACAUUGCAGACGACAAUGAAAAGUUAAAUCAGUUUCUUUGCGAUCAUGGUGUUUUACCUAAAGCCAAAAAUUGUCCAAAUUGUGGAACUCCUAUGAAACUUAAUGUCGAUAAUCAAACGUUUAAUUGUUACAAACGUUAUAUCGUUAAGAAAAAUAAAAAAAAGCCCAUGCAUAUGAAGUGUAGAAAGAGUGUUUCUCAGAAUUCAGAUACGAUGUUCAGCAAAGUUAGUGUACCACGUUCAACAGUGUGCAAACUGGUUGCUUUUUGGGCACUGAUUCCUCCCCCUAGACUGGAACUAAUGCACAUCGAGCUUUCCAUUUCCUCAAAGACGUGCAUGCAAUGGUGCAAAUUUUUAAGAUCAAUUUGUGAAUGUCAUAUACUUCAAACACGAAAAAUGUUGGGAGGAGUAGGCAAAAUUGUAGAAAUUGAUAAGAUGAAACUUUCUGGCUCCAGUGACAAAAGUAAAUCUGAGUGUUCAUGGAUUUUUGGUGGAAUAGAACAACAGACCAAACAUCUUUUUCUCAUACCUCUUGUAACUUGUGAUAGAAAAUCGCUAUUGCAAGCAGUAAAAAAUAACAUUCUAGAAGGAACAACAGUAGUAAGUAAACAUGGCUGGAAAAGUUUAGGCAGCCUAGAAAAAGAAGGUUAUGUUCAUUUGUUUGUAGAUAAUAAAACAAACUUUGUUGAUCCAACCACAGGAGCACACACCCAGACCAUUACCAGAUUAUGGAGAGAAGUCAAAUCAAAAUUACCUAAAUUUGGGAGCCCAAAGAAGUACAUAAAUGGAUAUUUGGCAGAAUUCAUAUUCAAACAUAUGUAUCCUAAUUACUUGACACGAAUCCAUCAUAUAUUUACUGCCAUUGCUAGUUCAUAUUCGUCUGCUAACCACAGCAGUCAUUCAGAAAACACUUGUGAAAUAUCUCAAAGAAGCAGUACUAAUAUUUGCCUAGAUCUUGAGUCUCAUACUUUAGUUUGUACUGAUGAAAGAAACACUUCAAACAAUUCAAAUGAACAAAUAUCAAACAAGAAUCUGAUCAUUGUAGAUGAUAUUGAUAAUCAUUCAACUUGUUUGAUUGAAAUGAUUACUACCGGUACUACCAAUUCCAAUGCUCACUAUUAGAGCUCUGCUGGGAUUUUGUGUGACUUAGCAUGCUUCUUUAAUGCAUUAACUGUGGUAGUAUUAUUCUAACAAGGACCAAUACAUUUCAAAUGUCCUCCACAAAUGACUUUGGAUUGUUCCCUUUUUUUGUGUGUGCCAGUUUGUUAAUAUGCUUGACCAACUUGUUAACAAUGUAUUGAUAUAUAUAUGGCUCCUUCUGUCUCAAAAGACAAUAGAUGCUUCCAGAAGAAUCACUGGUUUUGGUUAGCCACUUUGCAGCAGCACUGGGCCUUAAAUUAAGGGGGUCAUGGGUGACCCAUGCGUCAUUGUCCCUCUCUUGACUCUGGACCUUGCUAUUGUAAUCCAAAGGAAUGCUUUGACAUUUAGCAUGAUCUUAGUAGCAGAAGCUGCCAGUCUAAGGAAUAUAUGAUAGUUGAUACUCCCAAUGCCUAAGGGGCUUCACAUUAAAUUUUUCCUAGAGUAUGUCUCCUGAAGCCUUAGUGCAAGUACAUAUUGAUAUUAGCAUAAUAAAAUGUAUCAUUAAUUUUUUUUUUCAUUUUGAUUUUUUUUUCAACAACAAUUAGUGUUUUGUUUUCAAAUUAUAAUUAACACAUUUUAAGAUACUCUAUAUCAUAAUUUUUUAUUCAAUUAAGAAUCAAUAUCAUACUGGAAUUAAUAAAAUGUAAGCUAGGUUUUUAUCAUGUUUGUAUUAGAUACAUAAUGGUUAAUAAUAAUAGUCUUAAUAAUGAUACAUGUACUUUACAUGUUUAUUGUCUUUUUAAAAUUUGUUUGCAUGACUUACUUGUACUUUUGAAAGCCUCCAUUUUGAUUAUUUAUAGCAAUUAUACCUGGCAUCAUAAUGUAAUGUACCUAAUUAAUGCAUUCAUGAUCUAAUUAUAUAGGUACCGGUAACUCUGUAAAUUAAAAUUUAAACUAUUAUUU